UCUCUCAUCUUCCUCUAGUCAGCACAGUCUACAGCCCAGCAUCCCUGCUGCUAGGAUCUCACAGCUCCUAAAAUAUUUUUUUCCUUCUAAUUAAACAAGGUGAAAGGUGAAUUAAAACGAAACGUCUGGCAGGUCUUAGAGAGAGCAGAUUUCUCAGCAGCUUGCAGCAAGGAGGCGUUUAUUCAAAGGGUUCCUAGUUGAAUGUUGGAUUGCCUGGAUAUACUGAACACAGAACUAGGAGACAGCACAGCACUGGCAAGGACUAAGGAAUGACAUGUCUGUCUGUAAACAAAUGUCAUGGCAAGAGACCACUCUGUAGUACAGAUUGUAAUGAGGCAUGACAAAUAGGAAAUGUGUACUAGGAAGAGAAGGGAUUCCUAAGGGAGACCUAGAAGGCACUGAAAAGAGAGCUACUUUCUGAACUCCAACAGAGCAGCUAUAGUCCUUCCGAGGAGAGCCACACAGAACUGACUUUAAACAGCAUGGCAUAUUUUCACAUUAAAGCGUUGCUUUUCCUUGGACUUCAUGUAUUUGUAUCUUUGGCAACGGACACAAGCCAACCAAGACUUCGCCUGUCAUAUAAAGAGCUCUGGGAUUUAAACAGAACUUCAAUCUUCCAGAGUCAACUUGGAUCUCUCGACCUACGUACCAUGUAUUUGGACGAGUAUCAAGAACGACUGUUUGUGGGAGGCAGAGAUCAUGUGUAUUCACUUAGCCUGGAGAAAGUCAGUGAGAAAUAUAAAGAGAUACAUUGGCCAAGCUCAGAACAGCAAAUUGACGACUGCUACAGAAAAGGAAGAGAAGAGAGAGAAUGUGCAAACUUCAUUCGAGUUCUUCAUCAUUAUAAUCGAACUCACAUUUUGGCCUGUGGAACGGGAGCAUUUGAUCCAGUUUGCACUUUUAUAAGAGUUGGACUCAGGUCACAGGAACCUUUAUUCCAACAAGAAGUCCAGAAAGUUGAGCGAGGGCGAGGCAGAUGUCCUUUUGACCCUGACUCAUCUGUAAUCUCAACAUUGGCAGGUGGUGAAUUGUUUGUUGGCCUCUACAAUGACUUCUGGGGUCGAGAUGCUACUUUAUUCAGAAGCAUGGGAUAUCUACCGUAUAUAAGAACAGAGCAUGACGAUGAUCGCCUCUUAAAAGAGCCAAAGUUUGUAGGCUCCUACUUGAUUCCAGACAAUGAAGACAAGGAUGACAACAAAAUAUACUUCUUUUACACUGAAAAGGCAAUAGAAGGUGAUGGAGUCCAUGCUAUUUAUUCUCGAGUAGGACGAGUCUGUGCAAAUGAUGUUGGAGGACAAAGAAUGAUGGUAAAUAAAUGGACUACCUUUCUUAAAGCCAGAUUAACCUGUACAGUGCCUGGUCCUAAUGGCAUUGACACACAAUUUGAUGAACUUGAGGAUGUAUUCUUAAUGCAUUCUAGAGAUGCAAGGAACCCAGAGAUAUUUGCGCUAUUCAGUACCACAAGCGCCAUUUUUAAAGGCUAUGCAGUUUGUGUUUAUCAAAUGACCAGCAUUCGUGAAGCCUUUAAUGGCCCCUACGCACACAAAGAAGGACCAGAAUACCACUGGACAAUGUAUGAGGGAAAAGUCCCUUACCCAAGACCUGGCUCAUGUCCUAGCAAGGUAAACGGAGGUCACUAUGGAACUACCAAGGAUUACCCAGAUGAGGCUUUGCGCUUUGCUAGAAGUCAUCCUCUGAUGUAUAAACCUAUCAAACCAUUACAUAAAAGGCCUCUUCUUGUAAAGGUGGAUGGAAAAUACAACUUAAAACAAAUUGUUGUCGAUCGAGUACAAGCAGAAGAUGGACAGUAUGAUGUCAUGUUUCUUGGAGCAGACAAUGGAAUUGUUCUGAAAACUAUCACCAUAUACAAUCAAGAAACAGAAACAAUGGAGGAAGUUAUUCUUGAAGAACUCCAAGUGUUUAAGAUUCCGGAGCCUAUUAUUGCAAUGGAGAUUUCAACAAAAAGACAGCAACUGUACAUUGGCUGCAAAUCAAGUGUGGCCCAAGUAAAGCUUCAUCAGUGUGACAUGUAUGGUACAGCAUGUGCUGACUGUUGCCUUGCUCGUGAUCCUUACUGUGCUUGGGAUGGUAUGUCCUGCACCAGGUACUUCCCUAUUGGAACACACUCUAAGAGACGUUUCAGGAGACAGGACGUUCGACAUGGCAAUGCAGCUCAGCAAUGUUCAGGACCACAUAUUAAUGGAGAGACUCUUGGAAAGACUGAGGAGUAUACAGUAUAUGGUGUUGAACAUAAUAGCACUUUAUUGGAAUGUAUGCCUCGGUCUUUACAAUCUAAAGUCAUCUGGUUUGUGCAGAAAGGACAUGAAGCAAAAAAAGAUGAGAUAAAAACAGGUGAAAGAGUUAUAAUGACAGAGUUUGGACUUCUAUUUCUAAAACUGCAUAAAUCAGAUGCUGGAGUAUAUUAUUGCCAAACUGUGGAAAAUUCUUACGUCCAUACAAUAAGAAAAAUGACCUUGGAAAUUGUUGAAGAAGAGCGUGUUGAUGAUAUGUUUCACAAAGAAGAUGAAGAAGAAAUAACACUCCAAAAAAUGCCAUGUCCUGGGCAGCCAAGUAUCCCCCAGUCAUCCAAGCAAUGGUAUAAGGAGUUCUUGCAGUUGAUUGGAUAUAGUAAUUUUCAAAAAGUUGAAGAAUACUGUGAAAAAGUAUGGUGCACAGAUAAAAAGAAAAAGAAACUUAAAAUGUCUCCAAAUAAAUGGAAAUAUAUAAACCCACAAGAGCGGAAGUCACGUGGGAAAUCAGACCAUCAUCGUAUGCCAAGGCACAUACUACAGCCGUAGGUUUUAUUUUUUUUUCUUCCUUGAGACUGUUUAAGACUUUAUCAGCAAUAACUGACAUGAGUGAAAAAGAGAAAUAAAGACAUCCAAUCGCCAUUUUAAGUCAACCAAACUUUAUCUUAUGAUACAUCAAUCACAGAUUGACUGGUUUGGCAUUAUGUAAAUAUUUCAUAUAUUUUAUUAAAUUUUUUGGUUUUAAAAUAUGUUUACAUCCAUAAUUUAAAGGUGGAUUUAUUGAAAUUACAAUUUUGUGUUUGUUUUGCAUUUCAUUACCAAAUAAUCAUACUUUAAGAUUGUUUACAAAUGUAUGGAAAACUAGUUUUAAGGAGUGAGUAAAUACGGACAAUUUAUACAUGAUAAAAAUUGUAAAUACACAUGCUUAUCAUUAAAGAGGGUUGGGAAAGGACAGAACAUGAUUAGGUUUAGCAUGCUAUUUAAUCUUUAGUUAAAAUAUGGUAUAACUGAGUUAUAUUAAGAAAAGUUAUACAAUAUGCGCGAGGAUUGUGAUCUCUGAGGAAAGAAAAGGAAAAACUCUCCUUCAACUCUAAAAUAACUAUUACUAGAAAUUACUUUAUGACAUCUAAAUCUGAUGCUAUUACAAUCCUUUGGCCUGUUUAACACUAGAAUAACUUGACAGUUAUUGAACUGGCCAUAGGUUAUAUCCACAUACCAUUUUUCAGUUUCAUUUUGAGCCGUAAACGCCUUAAAAAAAUGCACCAAAAGCAAAAAAGGCUCAACAAUGCUGUGUGAACAUAGCUUUAAGGGACAUUUAAACGGGUUAAAAAAAAAUUGAAAAUUACAAAAAGACUUCUAGCUCCCAUUAACUUAAAUAGAGAAUCUUCAAAAAAGCAUGAGGUUUUUUUUAAAAAACACAGCACUGAAAAAAGAAGCAACAUGUUCCCUUUAAAGUCAAUAGAAGCUUAAAACUGUAAGUUUUUUGGGGUAUUUUUGCUGAUUUUUUGGAGCGAUUCUUUGCCAAUGUGUACCUUUUGUUUCAAAAGAUUUUUUUAAACCUACAUCGUUUUUUUAGAUUGACCUUCAGAGUGAUGACAACAUAAAUUGCUAUUGUUGAGCCCCUGGGAGUCCCCGCCAUACCUAAACCUAUUCCUUACUCCGGACUGACACUGUGCUGGGUUGAUUAUUUACACAGUACACUACUGUAGAGGGCAUGUGUGGGGAGAAGGAAGUUAUUGCACUGAAAAACAAUCCAAAGGAAAAGUUGCACUCACCCAGUAAAGGCCAAUAUCCUCUUUAUUCAAUGUAGAAACAUUUAUUUAUUAUUUUAAGUGCAAUUUUUAUUCAUUUUUUAUUGUUACCACAGUUACCCUUUAAUUUUUGUGUAGAAAAGCAUUCAUACCACUCUAGGAUUACAUAUACUUGGCCGGAAGAAGCGCCCAUGCUGACGUGAAACUAGUUACCUAUAGGGAUAUGCCCCCGCAUGAGAGAGCUACUAUUCUUGGUCCACACUUAAAUUGUAUGUAUUUUAUGUUUCUACAUUGAAUAAAAGUGAUAUUGGAUUUUUACUGGGUGAGUGCAACUUUUCCUUCAUAUUGUUUUACUAUAUUGCCCUGAAUUUUUUAAGUUAGGCACUGUGUCUGCAUAAGCAAGCCAUGCAGCAUAACAUUGAUAGGCUAUUUGUCUCUAGCAGUGCCUGAAUGCACACCCCCUCCUUACACCUGUUUGGUUAAUGCACUAGGUUUGCUAUGUGAGCAGAAAGGAAAUAAACAUCACCAACAGCACAGCAAAUAAGUGGUUACACUAAGCACUAGUGCAGACUAGGGGGCUGCAUAUACUGCAUAUAGGAGGCAGAACUGUAAACAUAUAGCACAGCAAUUAAAACAUUACACUAAGCACUGAAAUUGAUACUGCUGCUUUUUAGACAGUGUAGAUCCUUUGAAAGAUGAAGAUAGGUUCAUAGAUUCAGGAACACAGCCCAGGCUUGUUUUUCCUCUCUUUUGCACAGUGCAAAUGUUACAUUCUGUCCCUACUUUGUGUUCAACUUUGUUGGCUGUGUUUAACAGAGAUGGAUUACUCCGAACAACAGGCAGUGGACGGCAGAUUGCAUAGGAAAAAAAACAAAAUUUCCAAAAUUUCCAAAAUUUCUGAUCUGUUUUUCUGGAGUAAGAAGUUUAGUUUUUUUUGGCAAAUUAGUGCAGAUAUAUUAGCAACCAUUAAAGGUUUUAAAUAGAGUGAAGUGGAAGCAACAGUGAACUUUUAAAUGGGUAGUUAUAAACAGUUUUUUUGUUGUUAGAAAAUGCAGAUACAAUAUAUUCCAUAAUCAUAUAUCAGUUUUCCUUCAAGACUAUCUUUCUUCUACUGUCAAGUUUCUCUGGGCUUUCCAGACAAGCUAAAGCUUUCAUUGCUGUUUGAAGGAUGUGAUCUGUUUAUGAAGCCUCUCAUUUUUUUUUAACAUUGUCCUUUAUGUGUAUUUGCACCGUCAUCUUAAACUUUACCAGAUAUUUAGUUAAGGUCUAGUCAAUGUUCUAGCAAAACUACAUUUGCAUGAUAUUAUUUGCAUUUUUAUUAUUCAGUUUGCUGUUUCUUAGCUUGCCAAUAACCUUUGCAGUUUCAGAGAUAUUUAAUAGCAUCAUAUUUAUUAAGUGAAUUAUUCACUGUGAAACUCUAGUGCAUUACCUUACAUUUGUACACAAUAAAAUACUUUUCUCAUAUAUUAUAACUCACUAAGGCCAUGUUCAUACACCAUUAAACAAAGCAGCCAUAUGUUUUCUAAUUUAACCUUGUAUACUAUAUUGCAUUUUUGUGCAGGAAAUACAUGACCAGUUUUCAGGAUUAUUAGAUGCAGGAUUACUUUCUAUACCAAAUUAUUGAUGAACAUAUUGAACAAUUAGUUUGUGACUUAUGAUUUGUGACUUUUGAGAUCUUCUAGUAGUAGAUCUGCAGAAGAAGCUCAAGGCUUACUUUAGUUGACUAAAAGAAAGACCCUCUUAAACGUACCCCACAGACUCAAGACUCAAACAAUAAAGUAAGUCAACAAUUGAGGUAUACUAUAAGAUACUAUGUCAAAAGAAUAAAAUAAUUAAAUAUGUAUAUAUUCUUAUUAGAGUUAUUCAAACCAAAUCUGGUGAAUCCAAGGUAAAGUUUAAUUAGGUGCAAAGGUAAACUUUGCCCAAACCUUCAGCUUCCAAUGAACUUAAGAAAAUGGUGUCGGCAUCAUAUGAGAACAGGAGAGGAAGGAGGAACACAGGAUAGCCCAGAAUACCUUGCAAAGUGGAGGAAGGAUCCCCUGACCUCAGAAAAGCCAAUAUGCCUUGAAUACAGCUCCCAGCCAAUCAGAUGUCCACACUAAAUAAAACAAUUAAAUGAAAAAAGGAUUCUCUGAAUUCAAAAGAAAUAUUUUUUGCCAUUUAAAUCCUAGCAUAAACCCCUAGAGGAUGCAGGGCAUAGCCUGUCCCGGUGUGUGCAGCAUGCUUCAUACCUGAUGGGUCCCGGUUGCUGUUAGCAGCCUGGACCCAUCGUUAAUGCCGGACAUCACCCGACCAACUCUCAGCAAGGAGCCCUUUAUGUCAAUCAUGCUGGUCCCACAUGAUUGAUGUACAAGGAACCAUGCUGGGAGUGGCUCAGGGCAGGGAGGAGGGCCAGUGAGAAUGUCGGCCAGCCCCUCCAGCUGUUGGGCAGAAAUACAAAACAACUACAAUCUAAGUUUACAAGUUGUGGGCUAAGUAAGCAACAGUAUGGUAUGUUUGAUCUCCCUAUGCCCUAACUGUUGGCACCAGCCAUUGAUAACUCAUAUGGAGGUUACAGUUGCACUUUAACUGUUAUAUGCCAAAUCAUUUUUGACAUUUUAUGUAAAUUCAUGCCCUCUCCGCAUGACAGAACAGUGGGAACUUUUAUUGUAUUUAAAUAGUUGUUAUGUUAAUAUGUACUAUGACUGCUUAAUCUGAUGAAGGGAAAUUUUGAAACGUGCCAUUAAUGCUAGGCUUUUUAUUCCAAUAAAUAAUUUGAAUAAUUUGGAUAAUGAUUUUUAUACUUUGUUGUGCUGUUUGACUCGAACCACAAGAGUCAUUAAAAGGCCGUUUGCAGCUCCAUUUUUGCUUUUACAUUAUAACCUUUACAAGGAGAGAAGCUUUGCUGUCUUAUAUCAUUUAAACAUGUUUUACAGAGAGCACUAUGUUGUGCACAGUUAUCUUUAUAGCCAUCUAGGAGGCCGUAUGUGGGUGGAUUAGAGGUAAAGUAGCUGGAGAUCUGUGACUCCACUCCACAGGUUCAUUGUCUGUCACUCCACCUCACUAAGAUAAAGGGGGUGGGGCUCCACCUACUCAAUUUACAUAUUCCUUGUCUGUGACUUCACUUCACUAGGAUGUGGAGUUAUAGACAAUGAAUAUGUAAAUUGAGCUGACAAAGCCACGCCCCCUGUGCGUGAUUCACUGAAUUCAGCAAAUGAUCUUCUAGGGGGACGUAUUUAAGUAAGUGAACCCUCGUUGGACUUCUGUUCACCCACACUAUAACCCAGUGUAUGGAUUUAGUGUGAUUGAACAGGAUGACUGUUUUCCUUUAAUACUAAGAGAAAUUUUAUUCUCCCUGAAAAUAAGAUCACAAUAUUGUCUUCUUCAAUUUUCAAUUCAUAGCUGAAAGGUGGCACCCCUUUCUUUUGUCAAUUGAAGGGUGUCCAAGUUGUCUUACCCUCCCAGCCAAUUAUUUAUCGAAACCUAGAACAUGAAGAUCCCUUUAUUGAAACUUUUCUAACAUUUGAAAUUAAGGUAGUAUAAUGAAUGAUAUAUUAUGGAUCCUUGGAUUUAUUGUUCAUGUAAUGCCGAAUGUUUACUUGGAAAGUGUACUUACUGUAAAUUAUUUGUUCCAAUUUCAGUGUACUAUAUGUUUCUUAUUCUCUUGACUGAAGAUCACGAAGGUCAUGUGCCAUUCAAUAAUUUUAAUAUUUAUACAAUUUCUACUAUUAACUUAUGUGUAUUUCACUGUAAAAUAUGAACAAACAAAUGGAUUAGCAAAGCACAAUAAAUAUUAUUUUGAAGGUAGUACAUAGAUACAUCUAGAGAAUGCAAUACUUACACUGGUGUUAUUAUUAAAAUAUAUGAUUAAUCUUA